CACCACCACCACCCCGCCUCCUCCAGCCCUGGACACCACGACGAGACCGCGGGAACCGCUGUGUGUUUCCCCCGUUCACGCACGAGGAUUGAUCCAAUGUAUUAUUUACGACCGAAACUUCAGCAACUUAUCCACUGGAUAUGGCUCCCGGUUUGAAGGGUGGGCGGGCAGGUCACCCCGUAGUGGCCGGAGCCAGACGAGCGGACCCCGGCCGGCGCUCGGCGCGGCGGACGGAUGCCGGAGGAGAAGCGAGGUGUUCGAGGACCAGACGGCGAGCCGGAGCAGCGGGGAUGCUCGCGAACUGUCUGCUGUCUGCGGGGAUGCUUUCACUUCUUGUCCGGUGCGCUGUGUCCGCAGAGGAAAAAUCCACCUAUGAUGCUUCCGGCUCCUUGUCUUUAUCAAGUGACCCCGCUGUCACAGCUGCUCCUGCUCAUCCAUUGGCUGACCUGUCGGUGGUGGAGGAGGUGCCUUUCUCAGUCGUCCAUUCAGAUGGUGACUCAGAGUCUGAGGGGGGAGGUUUAUCAGGGCAGCCUGCCUUUUCUUCUGUCUUAACCGUCAUGGCAGGUACUGUCAAACAUCCAGUGAGCCUUGAUCAAAGUAGAACCUUGCCAACCAUCACCAGGGACAAGACCCACACCACCCAAUGGCCUUCACAUAGUUCCAGCCACGGCUCAGAGAUGUCCUCCUCAUCGUUGUCUGUGGAGGACAGGAUCAGCCCCGCCAGCUCAGAGGCGGGGACAGAUGAGUUAACCGCUGGAACAUCCAGAGCUGUUGCGCACACUUUCCCCAAAGAGAAAGCAACCAGUUUAGCCCCCUCUCAAUCAGUCAGAAUCACCAUUUCUGCUGGGCCCACCGAGAGGACAUCUCAGGUAUCACCUCUGCACCCUCGACAGGACACCCCGACAGACUCUGUCCAGCUUAACACCACAACUGUAGCUUCAACGACCAAAACUAAACACCCCACCACUACCACGCCUUCCCCAAGAGUCACCACUGGAACCACACAGUCUAUCACCACUACCACACCACAGCCUGCACCUGUGACCAGGAGAACGACAACCACCACAACGACUAGGACUCAAACCAGCAGGAGAACGUUCACACCACCAUUUCCCAGAACGAACCCUCCCAGGGACACCAGCGGCAUCUUUAUAUCCCCUUUUACCACCACCACAGAGGCUCCACCACAGCAGUGUAACAUCACAGAGAGAUUGUGGGUGAAAACAGUUGUUUCCAUUUAUGUGAGAAGAAACAGGCUGGACAGCAUUCAGAGGCAGAACCUGCGAAGGGGACUAAGUCAGGGCCUCCGGAAGGCUCUGAAUGAUACGUCUGCUCAAGCACAGGUGGAGACAGUAUUUGGUUCUCCCAACAUGACGGUGGCUUAUCACGUGACUGGAGGGGACAUGGUUUACCCUCCCUCUGUAGUGCUUGAAGGAUUGGACUCUUAUGGCCGGGAUAAGCUGAUUUCAGACCUGCGACAGUACCUCCCGAUGGUAACAGCCCUGCCCCUCCCAGUUGCAUUAUGGAGAUCCAGCCCAGCCACUGGCUUCCAGCUGAAAACAGUGCUACAGUUUGUGGGAGCCGGCGAUGAUCCUCGGUCCUGUCGGUUCUCUCAAAUGAUGGAACAGAGGCUUGAGAGGGUGUUUUCUGAAGCACAGGCCAAAGUGCUCAACACCAACAACAGACUCUCUGUUCAGAUGAUGAGUGUCUCCCAGGCAGCCGGUUCUCCUGCUGUGUCAUUGGUCUACACUGUGAGGAAUGGGACUGUCUUUCUUAAUGGCACCACUGCCUCAAAUCUCCUUGGUCAGCUGUCAGCUGAGCUGGUGGGCUACUUCCUCUUCUAUCCACCGCUUAUGAUUGCUGAGCCACUGGAGUAUCACAAUCUGAACACCUCCAUUGCUACGAGAGACUUCUGGGUUAUUACUGUGAUCCAGGAUGUGGAUAACGCCAGUUUAGAGGGACAGUACCAAAGCUUUGCCAAUCUAAUGGAGCAGCGGCUGGCAGAGCUGUUUGUGCUGGCAGGUCAGCAGGGCACUCGUUUCAGACGAGCCACGGCUGUAGGCAGCUACACUGUCCAGAUGGUGAGUAUCCGUAGGUUGUCAGUGUUGAAGAAUCCAGCAGAGAUGACCUACUAUGUCCAGCACAAUGGCGUUCCUUUAUCGGGCACGUCAGCUGCCAAGGUCCUGAACACAGUGGAUUCUCAGACUAUGGCGCUCACCCUUGGCUACUUUGUCCAGCUGCAAGCAGAACCUGUGGUCAAGAACCCUCCUAAUAACCUUUGGAUAAUCGCUGCAGUGUUGGCCCCCAUCGCCGUAGUCACACUCAUCAUCAUCAUCAUCACAGCUGUGCUGUGCAGGAAGAAUAAAAAUGACUUUAAAGCCGAUGCCAUCGGCAACCUGAAUCCCAGAGCGAAGAUGGCUUAUCGGAGAGAUGUGGGCUAUUAUCACCAGCCGGUCCAGGGUUUUGACUAUGCCAAGCAGCACCUGGGCCAACAGGGAGGGGAUGAGGAGACCCUGCCUGCCAGUCAGGAUACCUUAGUAAUGUCUCUACAAAUUCGGGACACACCGCUUUCACUAGAAAAGGCCCUGCAGCAAGACGGAACUGCCAAUAAGAAAAGCCUCACCUCUGACAAACACAAGAGCAAGUUGCCGAGUGAGGACGGUUCCGUCAUCAGCAACGAAUCAGAGAAGCUGAAUUCCAGCAGGAGCUUGACAGUGCUGAAAGUCACAGCACAGCAGAAACCGACAAAGGAGGAGACGCGCAAAAGGGACGAUCCAUAUGACACCUCCUCUGGCUCCCUGCAGCUCAUCUCCAUAAAGCCCAUGGCGUCUCAGCCCCACUACACACACCCCGCAUCCUCUGACCGCAGCCAGGACUCAGCCCUCGUCAAUGGAGAGGUGAACUUGGCUCUGAAGCAGAAGUCAGACAUUGAGCACUACAGAAACAAGCUGAGACUGAAGGCUAAGAGGAAGGGCUAUUAUGACUUCCCCUCCACGGACGGCAGCGGCAGCGGUCGAGCUGUGGUGCAGAGACAGCGGCACGGCCAUGAGAGGGCAGCCGGUGAGCAUGGCAGACCACUGGAGCCUGAUGAUGAGCGAGGUUCCACUUAUGUCAAGUCUCACAGGAGGCACCCUGAAACUAUGGCUGAAAAGCACUCCCAAGUAGGGCAGCCGGCCUAUCGCAGCAGACAGAGUCUGAGCAGUCCCAGUCCUGGAGGAACAGAGAUGGACCUGCUUGUUAUGAGGGAGAGACCCAGAAGAGGCAUCCGCAACAGCGGCUAUGAUACUGAGCCUGAGUUGAUUGAGGAGACGAAUGUUGACCGUCUAAUGGGGCCACGAGGAUUUCUGUAUGGUCAGGGCUUGAAAGGCCACUCGGAGACGUCCACUCUGAGCUCACAGCCGUCCAUUGAUGAAGUGCGACAGCAGAUGCACCUGCUGCUGGAGGAGGCAUUCAGCCUGGCUUCAGGGGGGCAGUCCACAUCCGGAAGGCACUCCCAUCACCACCACCCACCUCCUGACCGCUACAGUCCCGCACCGCCUCCCCUCCCCUACACCGACAUGGUGACCAGCGCCCCGGGUACAAUGAACUGUGGAAGGGGAGGCUUGCAGUGGGUACCAUCCUACGGUGCAGAAAUGUAUCAAUGCAGCCUGCCCAAACCGGCCUUUCGCUUCACCCAGCUUCCUGAGAUGGCCAUGGGCUCUCCUCCCCCUUUACCGCCUCGUAAUGGACCCCCUCCUGGGACCUCCUUAAGACGUUCCACUUCUGACUUGGGGCCUAAGGCAAGGAGCUCAGCGACAUCUGUCACUGAAAUGCAGAGUCAACAUAACGACAACCCAUAUGGGCCAACAACUAGAGCAGCACUUCCAUCUAUCACUGCAGAGCAGCCUGUGUCCAACUACUCAGGAAACCCAAUAACAGCCGUCUAUGCCAUCCCAGCCACCAGGCCCGGCUACUCAGAAUACUUUGUCUCCACACCAACCACCUCCUACCACAGUCCCUCCUGGAUGUCCUACCCACCUGAGCCUGAGGAUGUGCCGCCACAGUGGGCAGACUCUGUUCCCCUGCCUGGGUAUGUAGAGGCUUUGGCUUUUCCUCAUCCUCGCUACCCACAGGGGAGCCCCACCAGGUUGCCCCUGCAGUACAACCAGGCACUGGAGCAGCCACCCACUUCCCCUAGCCCAGUAUCCCAGCAAAGGCUGACUCAGGUGGUGAAGGACAUGGACAGCAUGCCCCUGAGCAGCCUCUCCACCUCUGCACUCGUGCAGGCUAUCCGGCUGGAGGUGGCAAAGCUGGCGAAGAAGCAGAACGACGUGUUUGAGUUUUAAUUUUGGUUUUAAUUCUCCCCUCUUGUAUGCAGAAGAUGGUUAACUGUGCAUUGGUCUUCAACAGAGGUACACAAAGGCGGUGCUCCUUCAGUUUUUUGAUGUUUGUACUGUAAAAUUAACCACUGAUUGAUUUUUGUCCACACACCCUUGGUGUAUUCCAGCUCCUGAAUUUCUUUUUUUUAUUUUUCGAAAAAAAUGCCAUCCUCUAUUGAUGAUGUCCCAAGUAACUACAUGCAUCUCUUCUUUGUAGAUAUGUCAAUAGGAUACACUUAAUAUGGAGAAUAUAAUUAUUUCCAGGUUCAGACAUUUCUUUGUGAAUCAGAAUCAAUUGAAAAGAGGGAAAAAGCAUUAUUGUCUGUACUGAGAAGACCAAAUACCAAGUACAAACAGUACACAGUAUAUAUGAGCAUGUACAGUAUUCAGACAUCAUCUAUCUCAUCUCCUUUUAUAGACCGUUCUGCCUCAACAAGGCCUCAUCACUGGCAGCCGUACCACAUCAAUCUACCACAAAUCCUCCACUUUAUUUUCAUAUCAGAUACCAACACCAUAACAGUCCUGUUAAUUAACAAAUGCAUUCAACUGAGUAUAUGUGGAUCUGCCUUUUUAGUUGAACCCAAUUGAAACGUGAAAUCUUAAGUUGCAUCUGUGAUGAUGUAAUAACAAGAUGGAGAUUUUUGCAUUUAUAUAUCUUUAUCUCUCAUAUAUUAGUUUGGGUGUGCACAAGGUACAUUGACUUGAUUGACAUGGCGUGAAAACUUCAAAACAUGAACUUUCAGAAACCCAAAUGAAACAGUUGAGUUAUUUCAUAUUUGCACAGAGUAGCAGUUUUAUAAGUAGCCCAGUGGUGUGAGGAUGCACAGAGGAUUCAAUGCACAUUCUACUCCAAAACCUUUGUCACAAAACAAUUCUCUUUGCUCUUGUUAAGUUAAACUAUAAACAAGGUUAGCAUUGCUUGUUUACUGGCCUUACGACAUCUUAAUGGUCUCAAUGGGUGCAUUUCAUGAAUGAAGACAAAGUUCAUGUAAACUACUGACCUAAUGAGAGGUCUUACAUCAGUACUCCUGUUCUAAGAAGUUUUAAGUGCACAAACCAUUGUGUAACAUUGUGAAUGUCUGCCUAAGCGUCGACUCAUUGUACAGUACAGUACUUGUCAUUGUUCAGUGUGAACACAGUGUGGAGCACUAAUGCACCCUGGAAUCAUCCAGUUUGUGAGGUGCAAAGUUUGACUAUGCUGAGGUAGACAUUUACCUUAAAAAGCAAAUUGUUUAUUGCAAAUUUGUUUAAAAACUGCUUCUUCACAUUAGGCAUCAACAUCAAUUAUGUUUUAAAUCAUCUACAUAGAGCAUUAAAAUGCAAGAAGCGGUCAAAUUAGAUGAAACAAAAGACUGCACACAUAAAUAAAAGCCAAUGAGCCUUCCGAUAGCUACUGAAAUGAAGGAAACUCGUGCUUGCUAGUAUUAUUCCAGCAGCGACAAAAGCGAGGGAGGUCAACUCUUUAAUUAGGGGAAGAUCGGGACAUUCAUGAUCCAAUUAAGCUUUUUUUGAUGACAUGAUUCAAUUAAUAUCUUGAAGCUGCACAUUUGUUUUUUUAUCUCAAUCACUUAAUUGGCCGUCUUAAUCAGCUUUGUCACCCUAUUUUAUUUUGUCUGUUUUUAAAGUCAGACUAAAGCCGCCAUACCAGGGCAGUGCACAAAACAUAUAUAAACUAUUCAAUGAAACGAAACGUCGUCGAGUCAUCGAGGACUCGUAUUUCACCGUGGCAUAAAAUCCUUCAAUUGUUUAAGGUGAAUACUUAAUGCAGGAUUGCUGGCCUGGGAAUGGAAAGUCGGACCGACUGCAGAUGAGUACCUGUAAGCCUAUAGCAAGGGUGCUGUAAUGUGUUUGCAUAAACAUUGAGAUGCUAUAGAUUGCCUACUUUUACUAUAUUAUUGAAAACCAACAUGGAAUGCUUUGCUGAUUGGUAAAGUCCAUGCUGUCAUAAGAUAGAUGGCAGUUGUGACAUAAGAAAGACAACUAUGAGUGAAAAUGCCUUUAUAUCAUUUCCUUUCAUAGGACAGUAUUGUUAUUGCAGCAAUCCUGGAUGAAUUUAGCCUUUUUGCAUUAUGUUUUUGUAACAAACCCUCGCCCUCUUCCAAGAAAUGUUCUUUUAUACUCAUGCCUGUUGAUGCAUACGUAGGUAUAAGGAAAUACUGUUUGUCUUAAACUCAACAAGAACUUUGUUGUUGCUUGUUUUCCCAAUAUUCCUUUUACCCAUUAUUCAGAGGAGCACUUAAUGUCUUAAGAACUGUACUUAAUACAGUUAAACCAUUUUUGUGUAUACCAGAAGUGAACACCUUUCCACAUUCUCAUGCUGGAUAACUGAGAAUACUUGGCGAUAUUAAAUAAAAGGGUUUUAUUUGGUUUAUUGGUUUAGAAAAAUGUAUCUAUUCCAUCAAAUGAUACAUAAAGUGAGCUAAACCUGUGAAAAUCUAUGUCUUUUUGUCUUCCUGGCAGGUUUCUCAUUUCCUUUUUUCAUGUGCUUGAUCUUGUUAUAUUUGAUGUUACUCCAAGAUUGAUUUGAAAGUGAGACAAAUGGAGAAUGAAAGAAAUAUUAGCCUACAUGAUUGAAAUUAAAUAAAAGAUUUUAUUAGAAGAA